AUGUCUGAUCCAGAAAUCGAGCUUCAACAGAUCAAGGAAUCUCAAGAUCGUACGCGAGCUCGAUUGUCAGCUCGGAAAAGACAAUAUGGAUUAUUGAAAAAAGCAGAGCAAUUUCGAAGAGUUGCUAAUAUAGAAGUGGCUAUCAUUUUAUAUGACCCUACCUUUGGAGAGUAUUGUAUAUAUAGAUCAAAGGACGAUGACUCUUGGCCACCGUCGAUGAAAAGCAUACGAGAGUGUAACCCCGUAGAUUAUUUGCCCAGUGAUUUUGAAUCAGCAGAACGCAUGUCAUAUUCGAUCACCGAGAAUCGAACUACCGGAAAAAGACGCCGAAAGCUUCCCGACAUCUGCCUAAAACGCAAGAAACCAAAACACAAGAACACGAUGUCAGAAAAAGAACUAAGCUCAUCACCACAGCAAUGUGAGGAUAUCAGCGGGCCACAAGAUAUUUUUUCCCGUGCCCUAGCUUCUCCAAAUACCGAGACUAGGUUAUCUAGUGUUAUCAGCACACUACCUCCAUUUCAUGAUAAGCAAUCAAAUAGUCCGUCAGGAUUACCCACGAAAAUCCGGAACAACCUCGAUAAAGAAACUUCUCCAUCUUCAUACCUUCCUUACACAUCAAUAUCACCCUCAAGAAUGAUUACACCGAUCACGUCGGAAGAUACGUUCCCCCAAUCUCUUCAUACUCCACCAUCAAACUCAUCACCUAUACCUCCAACGUCCACACUGCCCUUCGAAACAAUUACAAAAGUCUUUUCAGAGGUCACAUAUCCUAAAGAUCCAUCUUUGAGCCCAUCGCUCACUCCUACCAUGCUAUCAUCCACAGUAUCAUCGAACCCGCAAGCUUCAAACACACCACCCAUGCCUUCUACAACAUCAUCAUGUCCAUCAACUAUUCUAUCACCAAUUUCUUUGGUGUCGUUGCAUAUGCCGCCAAAACUGACCCCUUCCACUACGAUAAUCACAUCUCCAUCAAAUGUAUCAUGUAACCCUCCCACUACGUCAUCCGUGUCAAUCUCAAAUUCACUAUGCGUCCCCUCCACUUCCAACUCAUCGUCCAUUUCAUUUGAUAUACAACCCAUCUCGCCACCACUCUCAUCCUUCCGUCGAUCAUUACUCCCUGACUUCGUAAAGGAAAACUUGUCAAAACCUGGAACUGCUUUUCAGAUUUUCCAGAAUUUGAGACAUCGAUAA